AUGCCGCAAAUAUUUCUUCCUCAAGUUUUGUGGCACUGCAAAAAUAACCGACUUGCAGAUAGGGUCUAUUCAGUGGAUAUACAGCCGAUUAACUGCAGCAGCAGCAGCAGCAACAGCAGCAGCAGCAACAACAGCAGCAGCAGCAGCAGCGGCAACACUGCAGCAGCAGGAACAGCAGCAGCAGGAGGAGCAGCAGCAGGAACAGCAGCAGCAGGAACAGGAGCAGCAGCAGCAGCAGCAGGAGAAGGUCAAGACUUUUACCGCAUUGCAACAGCAGGAGCUGAUGAAUUUGUUCAUGGUGUAGUCUUUAUGGCAAUUAGAUUUUUCUUCUUCAAAUUUAUCCGUCAAUUGUUUGUCGCGUCUAAUUGGUCACGAGAAAGAAGUUAA